CGAAGAUGCGGCGAGACUGAGCGCAGCCAGAGACACGCCCACAAACGCGCACAUUCGGAGGCGCCAUUGUCUCGUCACGCACGCACGCGCGCGAGACGAUGCUGGCAUCUUGGCUCGCGCUCGCGGCCCAGCUGCUCGGUUCGUUGCAGGUGUCUCGGGCUUUCCAGGCGAGUCUGAAUGACGCAGGCCAGAUCACGGCGAACCUGGAGCCUUCCGACCUUCGGGAGAACAUCUCCGCGUACGCGGCGCAGAUCACCGGGGAGCCUCGCCCCGCCGUGAUCCCGUUUGGGGGGACCGGCGAGCCCCUGCUGUUCAACACGUCCUUCCAUGGUCUCGUCUACAGCGUGGGUCUCCUGCUUCAACGAGGACAGUUGUGGUCCAGACCCAUCAAGACCGUGUCCCUCCUCACCAGGCCGCUUCCUGUGAGUGGCGUACGGAUUUCAGACUACAAGGAAUCUCCAGAGACGGGCGUGGUCUUCGAGCUCGUCAGUCCGCCGGGGAACAUUUUCAGCAGAGUCAACAUCAGCUACAGCGAAGGAAGCGAGAGGCGCUCUCUGCUCUACAAAGACUUUUACAAGGGGAAGACCGUGUUCAAGCACUGGCUCCCGGGGGUGUGCUACCGCAACAUCACCUUCCAGCUCAUCUCCGAGGCCACUGCCUACCAGACGGCCAUGAGGAUGCAGAGUGACAUCACCCACGCGCCCGUGCGCCACAGGACGGUGCCGUAUCCCCCCCUCAACAUCUCGUGGAAGAUCGUGGAUCUGAGCCAAAGCCCGACGCGGGCGAGUCAACGGGCCGGCCGCCGUUCCCGUCACGUCCCGCUCAUGGACGAGGAGGAGGCGAAGCCCUCUGAGGAGUCACCGAUGGCCUCCACCGAGGAACCGGCACGCGACCGGGGCACCAUCGGCGAGACCGCGGAUGCCCCCACCCCGCGGUCGGACUCCGCCACCGAGAUUCCCGUCGACAGGGAAGACGAGUUUGUCAACGGCGAGGAGCCCGAGUACGAAGACUCCAAUGACGCGGGGUCGGCGAUGGGUCUCCCGGCAGAGGCUCUGGUCCUGCCCACUCGCAUGCCCCCCGUCCUGCUAGAGGUGCGCUGGCUGCCCCCCAGGGCGCCCACCAGCUACGACGGCUUCCGCGUCGACGUUUUCAGGGACGGGAACACCACUCAAACGGCCAGCGUGGAUGAAAGUACUCAUGAGUUCUUCGCCGAGCUGACAGAGGCGGGGACGUAUCACGUCAGAGUCACCACGCUCAGCACGGCAGGAGACUGUGAGCCCAGAGAGAGCAGCGCAGACGGCGGACUCACCUUCUACCUCGGUCCCGACGGCGAGGUCCUGCGUGAGCUACGCCAGCGUCCACGGAAAGUCACGGUGCGCUUGCUGGACUCCAGCACGGCCGCCGUAUCCUGGGCGCAGUCCCCGGAGACCCACGACGGCAGCGUGGUGUCGGUGGUGUCCACCACCUGCCUGAAGCCCGGCCCCAACCAAAGGAUGGAAAGCGACUACUGCGGCGAGGAAAACUCAACCAGCGAUAUCAUCGGCAACUUGACUCCGGGGGCUCAGUACCGGGUGCUGGUCUACCACACAAACGGACCCCUGAUCAGUCCUCCCUCGGAACCCGUCGUCAUGGAUAUUGAGCCCACGGGCGUCCGAGAGCUGGCCGCGUACCCGCUGGGCCCCACGGCGGUGGUCUUGAGCUGGCAGCGUCCGUCUCACGUGGCCUUCCGCAAGUAUGUCCUCCAGACCUUCUUCUUCAACCCCGUCACCCUCAGCUCCGAGUGGACCACGUACUACGAGAUUGCCGCCACCGCCUCCGUCAGAGCAUCAGUGAGGGUGACCGAUCUGCUGCCGGCUUGGCACUAUAACUUCCGCGUUACCAUGGUGACGUGGGGCGACCCACCACUCAGUUGCUGCGAUGGCUCCACCAUCAGCUUUGUCACAGCUCCGGAGGCGCCUCACAUCUCGGUGGCGGAUUACUCCCACGGCGUCCUCCAUGUUCGCUGGACAUACGGGGAACUCUUCGUGGACCUGUCGCACUCCAGGAUUACGCACUGGCAGGUGGCGGCGGUCGGCAAGAAAGGUCCCGGGAGACGCUUCUCGACGGACGUUCCUCGCAACGUGAUGAGCGCCGGCCUGCCCCUGCCGCCCGGCGACAUCUACAACCUGACGGUGACGGCGUACGCCGAGCGCGGCCGCAACACGUCCCUUCCCAGCGUCAUCAAACUGGAACCGGCGCCCCCCAGGUCGGUGUACGCCGUCAACGCCACGCACUCGUCGGUAACUCUGCUGUGGAGCGAGGACGGCGUCGUGGACCACUACCAGGUGCUCUGCAAACCAAGCCCAGGGAACAAAGAGAUGAGGACUCGAGAGCCUCAGGUGUCCAGCUCGCACGUGCUGACCGUUUCCGGCCUGAUGCCGUCGUCCAGCUACAACUGCAGCGUGGUCGGCGUCAGCUACAGCGCGCCCGGCAAGCCCGCCCACAUCACCAUCACCACGGCCGCCAAAGAGACCAACCCCGGCGUGGCGGCCAUCUGGGCCUUGGCCGUCCUGAGCGUCCUGCUGCUGAGCCUGCUGAUUCUCUUCUUGCUGCUUCUCCGCAAGAGGCAUCUGCAGAUGAGCAGGGGCUGCGGCGCCGAGACAUUCGUCAACUUUGCUUCAUUCGAAAGAGACGGGAAGCUGCCGUACAACUGGCGAAGAAGCCUCUUUGCCUUCCUUACCCUUCUGCCAUCCUGCCUUUGGACUGACUAUCUUUUGGCUUUUUAUAUUAAUCCAUGGGGCAAGACGGCCUUAAAGAAGCGCAAGCUGACAAGUCCUGUCCAGCUGGACGACUUUGACGCCUACUUCAAGGAGAUGAGCAAAGACUCGGCCUACAAGUUCUCUCUGCAGUUUGAGGAGCUCAAGAGCGUGGGCCUCGACCUCUCCCACGACGCCGCCGACCUGCCCGUUAACAGGCCCAAGAACCGAUACACCAACAUCCUGCCCUACGACUUCAGUCGCGUCCGGCUGAUCUCCAUGCACGACGACGAAGGCGCCGACUACAUCAACGCCAACUACAUUCCUGGCUACAGGCACGCCAAAGAGUACAUUGCCACGCAAGGUCCACUGCCGGAGACGCGCAACGACUUUUGGAAGAUGGUGCUGCAGCAGAAGUCGCCCAUCGUGGUCAUGCUGACGCAGUGCAACGAGCGGAGACGGGUCAAGUGCGACCACUACUGGCCCUUCAGCGACGAACCCGUCAUGUACGGCGAGAUCAGCGUGGAGGUGCUCUCGGAAAACGAGUCGCCCGAGUGGACCAUCAGGAAGUUCCGGUUGGGAUACGCGGACGAAACUCGGGACAUCUUGCAUCUGAACUACACUUCAUGGCCAGACCACGGCGUUCCCACGGUCAACGCCAUCGAGAGCAUCCUGCAGUUUGUCCAUAUCGUGCGGCAGCAGGCCAAGAGGACCAAAGACCCCAUCGUGGUCCACUGCAGUGCCGGCGUGGGCAGAACGGGCACCUUCAUGGCGUUGGACCGCCUGAUGCAGCACAUCCGGGAGCACGAGUUCGCCGACAUCCUGGGGAUGGUGUCGGAGAUGCGCUCCCACCGCCUGUCCAUGGUCCAGACGGAGGAGCAGUACGUGUUCAUCCACCAAUGCGUCCUGCUCAUGUGGCAAAAGAAGCAGCGGCAGCAGUCACUCGCCUCCGACGUCAUCUACGAGAACGCCGGCAAGACAUAAUGAGCAAGUGGCCGCUUGCGCGCGCCACGUGAUUAUUACACUGCACCGCAUCCCGACCCAGUUUGAGAACUUCUGAUUGCAAACACGGCCCUUCGCUAGGAACCCGGCCAAAAGGAGAAGCCUCGCCGACUCGGAGUAGCAAGCAAAUAGUGUGGGAAAAACAAACAAGAUGUCCGACUCGUCGCCGCUUUCCUGUCAAAAGGAACGGAAAGGCAUCCACGUUGAAGAAGACUAUUUUUCGCCUUUGAAGGGUGUCCAAAGCAACCCGACUUCUUCAUUUUCUUUUUCCACAAGUAAAGCUCACUUCUUUUACUCCAAAUACCAGCCUGUUUUAUUUCCUCACUCAAACUGACCCUCAGCCCCCCCAUCUUUUUACUCCGCGUUUGACUGGCAGAGGAGGGCUGCCACUCACUUAACUUGACUCACUUUUUUUGUUUUGUUUUGUUUUAAAGAAGGCGCAGCCCGCCACACCCUUCAGGAUGUAUGAGCACACUAAUAAGAAGAACAUAGGAUAGAAAAUUGAACUUUCCAUUUUUGAGGUGCAAGCAGAAGUUUUGACUUUCUGUGCAUCAUCGACAUCCUCCUCCCGCGCUAAUUUGGAUGCGUACAGACGGACGGGACCCUGCACGCGAACAGUUAUCGGGAGGUGAUGCCGUCACGAGUUGUGUAGAUAUUGUCAACUGCUGUUUUUACUUGUCGUGACUGUCAAAGACAAGGUGGCGUUUAUGAACCGGGGGCGAGCAAAGUUACGGCCCGCACGAGGUUCUUUUGAUCUGGCACACGCAGGCUUCCGACGUUUUUGCCACUCGUUUGUUCCAUUUUUUCAGAAACAUUUUGUCUUGUGAAAUCAACGACUCCCAUUAGCAAGAAUUUAAACGAGACACACUUCAUGUGUGAAAGUAUGACGAAAUCAACUAAACUAUCAAAAACAUGAGAUAUUGUUCCGACUUUGUUUGCUCGCCGUGAUGAAAACUUGAAAUCAGA